AUGGUUUCUUUUGCUUCUCUUUUCGUGGCACUUACAGCCGCCGUGGGAGCGCUCGCAGCUCCAGGCGAGCUGGUCAAACGCCAGUCCACGCCGAGCUCCACCGGGACACACAAUGGUUAUUAUUACUCCUGGUGGACUGACGGCGGCUCGCAAGUCACAUACAUCAACGGAGCUGGUGGUCAGUAUAGUGUCACUUGGCAAUCCGGAGGCAACUUCGUGGGCGGAAAGGGAUGGAAUCCUGGUGGAUCCAGAACCAUCACAUACUCGGGCACCUAUAAUCCAAACGGUAACAGCUACCUCGCCGUAUACGGCUGGACUAGAAACCCUUUGAUUGAGUACUACAUCGUCGAGUCUUUCGGUACUUACAACCCAUCCUCGGGUGCUACGAGGAAGGGCUCUGUGACCAGCGAUGGCGGCACCUACGACAUUUACGUGAGCACACGAACCAAUGCCCCUUCCAUCGAAGGCACUAGGACCUUUCAGCAGUAUUGGUCCGUCCGUCAAAGCAAGCGUGUAGGCGGAACGGUCACGACAGGCAACCAUUUUGCCGCCUGGGCUCAGGUUGGACUCAACCUUGGAUCCCAUGAUUAUAUGAUCGUUGCCACCGAAGGAUACUUUAGCAGUGGCUCCGCAACAAUCACCGUUGGUUCAUCUAGUGGCGGUACCAGCCCACCACCGACCACCAACCCGCCUCCCAGCAGCGGCGGUGGCAAUUGCGCUGCUAAGUGGACCCAAUGUGGCGGCUCGGGGUGGUCUGGAGCUACUUGCUGCGCAUCAGGCUCUACAUGCCAAGCUCAGAACCAGUGGUAUUCCCAGUGCCUCUAA